AUGGACGACCAGAGCAUCACGUUAGAUGUUAACCCUAAAGCAUAUCCUUUGGCCGACCAACAGAUGACCACAAAAAUUUUGAACUUGGUUCAACAAGCAAUGAACUAUAAACAACUACGUAAAGGAGCAAAUGAAGCCACUAAAACAUUAAACAGAGGUAUUUCUGAAUUCAUCGUCUGUGCUGCAGAUGCAGAACCUCUAGAAAUUUUAUUACACUUGCCAUUGUUAUGUGAAGACAAAAAUGUGCCAUAUGUUUUUAUUAGAUCAAAACAAGCUUUAGGCCGAGCAUGCGGUGUUUCAAGGCCAGUCAUAGCGUGUUCUAUUACCACUGAUGAAGGUUCACAAUUACGGCCACAAAUACAACAAGUUCAGACUGAAAUUGAAAGACUAUUGGUUUAA